UCAGUCUUGUGAGUGGUUGCGAACGGUGCAGAUCUUCGCGGAAGGUGCUUUUUUCGCCAUCCCGGGUUUGAUUGUAUGUGCAACACUAAAUAGUGUAAAAUACUGCUGCCACAGCGACAAACAUCUGAUCAAAUCAAGCUGUCUGUCUCGUAUCUAUAGCAACUGGUUCACUUUAUUUCCCAGUUCAACGCUAAUUGAGUCAUAGCCGGCAGAAAAGAGGAAAAAUCCGCAUAAUUCGAGAGAUCCCUCUUUUUGGAUUCGUGUUAUUUACUUCAUCGAAGCAACCAUUCCACAGCAUUAAAUCUAAGCAAACCACGUGCAGCAGUGCAGGAUAACUUUUCAGUGAACAAACAAAUGUGUUACCUUUAGGGCAAGACAAACAUCAAACAAAAAAUAAACUCAGUGCAAUAAUUUCAAACUUCCAGUGAUUUAGCCCCUUAAAACAAACAAACAUCCCGAGAUCAAUUCUCAAAGUGUGUGCAAAUUUUGGUUUAGAACCUAAGGAAUAAAUCGCUACUGCCGAGCGGUACCUCAGCCCAGGGAGAUGGAGUUUCGGUUUAACUGUCAUCCGCUGUUCCGGCAGCGUAUCGUGCGAAUCAACAACUCACUACUGCCGACCGGAUUCACCGCGCCAUGCAGACGGACAGCACUCGACGCCACCGCGCAGAUCUCGGAGAUCAUCAACUUUAUUGGACAACUGUCGGCACAGGCCCAGGGAUUGUCGAAUCCGGUGACCACCUCACAAAAGCUGCGCAACUCCGAUCACCACAUUUACCUGAUGUUUGAACCAAAUGAAAAGCAUGGGCUGGUGGUCGGAAUAUUAAAAGUUGGCCACAAAUCGCUGUACGUGUUCGACCAGAACGGCGAGACGGUGAAUGUGACAGCGCCGUGCGUUUUGGACUUUUACGUGCACGAGUCCCGGCAGCGUGGCGGUCUGGGCCGCGAGCUGUUUGAGCACAUGCUGAACGAGGAAAAGAUUCAGCCCCAAUCGUUGGCCAUUGAUCGUCCGUCGGAAAAGUUGCUCGGUUUCCUGCAGAAGCACUAUGGACUCUACAACAAGAUACCGCAAAUGAACAACUUUGUCGUGUACGAGGGUUUCUUCUCGAGCAAGCAAAACGGCUCGGACAUUGACGGUCGUCGCAUGCACAUAACCGCUAGUCCUAACACGAACCUCUUCGGACCCACGUUCACCACCGUCGAGGACCGCCGAAGAUCCAACUCACAGACGCGACAGCCUGCCGUUUCCCCACCGCUCGUUCAGCAACCUCCGGUAGGUCGCUAUGCGGCGAAACGGCCUUCUUGCAGUAUGGCACAGAUAAUUCACAACAGCCCAAAUGCGGUAUCCACGGAGCCUAACAGCACUUCUUCUUCCACUAACAACCAUCAUGCGCCUCCAUCAGCAUCCACAAACAAUAACGAAUACGAAAACAAUCACGCGACUUCUCAUGACCUCGAAGAGCCAGCAGCCCCGCAGGAAGAAUCGCCCCAGGACAAUGAAGACGUUCCUGAAGAGGUCCUAUCGGCAAAUCUUCAAAAUUUGAACAUGGCGGACGCAUCCGACUACGUCGACUAUCACCACCAUCAUCAGCUUCAGCACGCAAAAUCUGGUCACGAGGUCACAUUUGCCGACGAUUACGGAGAGAUACCAGAACCAACGGCCGAUCCCGAUCCGUACACUUUCCACCCGCAUCAUCUCGAGUUACAGAACCAGCAGGAGCAGCAGAAACAGAUGAUGAUUAACCGUGAAAAUUCUGCUUCUCCCCAAUCGAUCAGCCAGCAGCACACGCCGGAACAUCCGGGCCCGCGAAAGCCGAUCCGGUACACCAAACAGCAUACCGGACUCAAGAACAUGUCCUCGGGAGUGGGCGCGGCUGUCACUCCUUCGGCCAAGAUGGAAUUCGACCAGGAAGAGAACGAAGGCUUCGGCUCAGUCAAAAUCAACAGACCAAUUGGCAAAUCCAACACGCGAAACAGCCUCCACUCUGGCGAUGACAACGAGUCGGUUCACUCGAAGGGAUCCGACAGUAGCCAUAUGACCGAACAUGGCCAUUUUGAUCUCAAAUUUUAUCACAAUAAGCUCUGGUAGAUGCCCGAAGCAAAACUUUCCAUCCGUUGCAUCUCAUUGUACAACACGACAAUGCUCGUCGUCUCCCGUUAGAACGUAAGAUUUAACAUCAUCACUGUAACAAGAUAAAUUUUGUAGUCAAAAGAAAAGAACUAAAGUUUACCCUCCCUUAAAAUACCCAACCCAGCAGUGCGAUCCACGCUGAGUACCUCCCAUUUCAAUGGGAAACGGAAAUGAAGGAGCUGCAUGUCCAAAUCACAAAAUAAAACUAAAAAUAACAAAUUCCAUUCAAAAACUAAUUUAGUAGAUGUCGCGCUUGUUGUGGUAGAACUCCUUUUCAUUUCAUCUCUAGAGAGCAAACUGUAAUCGUUGUUGAGCUGAGCCAAACAUUAGCGUUGCGCAAAGCUUUGGUACUUUUGUUUUAGCUAAGUCACGAUUGGGUAAGUUUCCGUUUGAGCACUUUUGUUGAGUUUAAAGCUGUGUGCAUCAUGUUGUUCAAACAUAUUGGAAAACUCAAAAACAUAACAUGAUGGUAUGUGUUUCUUGCAGAAAUAUUCAGGAAGAUUAUUUGAAAGAUUACAUUAUCGAGUGAUGGCAUCGUGGGAGCUGCUAAUUCGAUAAGAUCCAUACAAACGAUAGCAUUCCGCCAAGACUUGAUACAUUAAAAAACGCCAGCUACAUUGAAAUAUUUCAUGUUUAAACGUUAAAAAUAACACAAUAUCUAUAACAUUGAGCUCCAAUACAGAUGAUGACCUAAAUUAAUAAAGCUAUGGAAAACGAA